AUGGCUGGUGAGGACAGUUUUAUAGUGUUGGUUUACCACAAAGGAUCGAUUAAGAGGAAAACUCGCUCAGGUGUCAAGUUCACCGAUAAGGAUCCUCUCUGUAUUAUCGUGAGUUCUACGACGAGCUAUGAUGACCUUGCUAGCUCUGUAUUACAGAAACUUGGUCUGGAAGGUGUUAAACGGGUUAAGAAGUUUUUCUAUCGCAUUCCAGUCAUGGUGCUCCAAGAUACUGUGAAGUAUGAUUGCUUCACAAUCGGGAGUGAUGAGGACCUACAGGUCAUGUUUCUUUGUCGCCGGCAGUUUUUCGAAGUGCGGACACCGGAGCUGUUGGCAAAGCUGGUUGAUGUGGUGUCCAGCUCGGGGGGUUCGAACCGGAAUACCAACACUGUAGCGACGGUUGCCGGUUCUAGCUCAAGUCCUGCCUUUGCAUCUUCCUCAGUCCCGGCGUACGAGCCACCCGUCCCGCCUGUCGCCUCCCCUUCGUUCGCUAUUGAUCUCAAUGGUAGUGUUGGCGACGAGGUUGGAACAGCGGAACUUGUACCUACCUCUGUAUACUAUGCUGCACCGGCUGUGGCUGAAGAUGAAUUGUUUGAUGAUGUAGAGGACGAUGAUGUCGAGUCGGAUAUGAUUGCUGAUGAUAGUGCCGAUGAUAUCGGAGCCAGUGAGCCUGCCGGUGCCGGUGGUGGCUCUAGCUCUGGCACACAGCAGUACCCUCCACAUUUUUCAUCUUUGGACCUGGAUGCCAUGAGGCAGCCGGGGGUACCUUGCGAAGCUGCAGGAUUUGGCCCAAGAGAUGCAGAAGGGUCAGCUGGUAUGACAGAGUUCCAGGUUGGUCAGCAAUUUCAGGAUAAGGAGGAUGCCCUGUUAAGUGUGAAGACUUACAGCAUCCGCCGAGGUGUAUAG